UGCGUUCGUCAACGUUAAUCGAAAAGAAAGGAAUUUGAAAUCGUCAAAAUUGUCCGCAGAUCGAUAAUAUAUAGAGGAAAAAACAAAUAGGAUCGAUAUCAGAUCUGAGAGAACAAGGAGAUUGAGUUUUUGAGUGUAAUGGUGGUGUCAGAUUUCAGUGGAAAUCGAAGGUCUGGCGUUGGCGAGCUUAUCGAGAGAAAUUGGAAAAGAUAAAUGAGUGAAACUGAUGAAAUCUUGGAGGUGAUGAGCUUUUUAAGUUUUUUGAUCUAUUUGCAAAAGAAAUAGUAAAGAUUGGGAUGGUAACAGGGUCUGUGUUCAGUAAAUGGACUGGUUUGUAAUGAGUAGCUGAUGAAAACAUAAGCUUUGGCUUGUUUUUCUUCAGUGGAAAUAUAUUAUUGAGAAAGAGCUUUUCUUCAGAGGAUUAAAAAAUUUUGAGAAAGAGCUUUUCUUCAAAGGAUUUAAAUUUAUCGAGAAAGAAAAACAGAAAGAGUUUUUCAAAGGAUUUAAAUUUGUUGAGAAAAGUUUCAGAGGAUUUAGAAAGAGUUUUUUUUUUGGGACUGUUUGCGAGAAGUUUUUUUCUAGACUUUAAAUUUUAAAUUUGUCGCCGGAAGUUUUUUUUUCAGACAAUUUAAAUUUGUUGAGAAAGAGCUUCAGAGGAUUUAAAUUUGUUGAGAACGGUUUCAGAGGUUUUAAAUUUAAAUUUGUUGAGAAAGAGUUUUUCUCGGACGAUUUAUAUUUAAAUUUAUUGGAAAAACAGAAAUUUCAGAUCAAUUAUAUUUGUUGAGAAAGAGCUUCAGAGGAUUUAAAUUUGUUGAGAAAAGUUUCAGCAAAUUUAAAUUUAAAUUUGUUAAGAAAGAGUUUUUUCUCCAAACAUUUAAAGUUUUUGAGAAGAGUUUUUCUUCGGACGAUUCAAAUCUCUUGAGAAAGUUGAGAAAGAGCUUUUCUUCAGAGGAUUUAAAUCUGUUGAGAAAGAGAAAAGUUACAGAGGCAGGAUUUGUUAAAAAAGGAUGACCGAAGCAACACCGUCGUGCUUGUGCAUUGCUAGGAUUUGUAAUCCAAAAAGGAGCAAGAAAAACAAAGAAGACGAAGAUAAUGGAACUCACAGUGAGCAGAGUCCGAAGAACAGCAAGAAACACAAAGAAGGCGAAGAUAACAGCUUAAAGAGUCACCAGAACCUGGUUGCCUCAACAUACAGAGCCAAAUUCGGCGGCCAUUGCCGCGAUAUAACAGUAACCUGGUCCAAGAACACAAUUGGACAAGAUCUUUGCGUUUCAGUCGGUGACAAGGAGAACCAAUCAAGCUGCAAGGUUCAUUUGAGGCCGUGGUGUGUGUGGCGAAAGCGCGGAUCGAAACGCCUGCGGGUCGACGAAUCAAGGAGCGCUGAUGUCCUCUGGGAUUUAUCCGCGGCAAAAUUUUGUUCCGGACCAGAGCCGAGAGACAACUAUUAUGUCGCCGUGGUGAGUAAUAACCAGGCGGUUCUGUUACUGGGCGACAUGAACGAAGCGGCCUGCAAGGCCGCUAGGGUUAAGCGCUCUGAAGACGAUCCGGCGGUUCUGUUGUCCAGAAAAGAGCAUGUUUUGGGGAAGAGAUGCUUUGCAACCAGGGCAGAGUUUGGGAUCAGCGGGCAGUCACAUGAGGUCGCCAUUGAAUAUCAGAUGAAAGGAUCCAGUGAACCGGCUCUGUUCAUCCGGAUCGAUCAAGAGCUCGUCAUUGAAGUGAAACAACUGGUGUGGAAAUUCAGGGGGAACGAUACGAUUUAUGUUGCAGGGUCGCCGGUUCAAAUCCUGUGGGAUGUUCAUGACUGGCUUUUUAGCCCUGGUUUGGGCCAUGGUAUGUUUCUUUUCACGCCGGUUCAGAACAAGAUUGAUAAAAUGGAGUGUGCUCUGAAUUCUGAGGAUGGAGCAAUCUGUAGUCCGAAACAGUUCUGUCACAUGCUUUAUGCAUGGAAAUCUGAUUGAGUUCCGGAUUUUUACCUGUGUCUGGAUUGUUUGUUUAUCUCCAUUCUUUUGCAGCCUCUGCUUGAGCUUCUUCGCCCUGUAAUGUCUGCCAUGAUUUCGAUGAUUCUGAAGAACUUGUUUUGUUGAGGGAAGAAAUUGAAGAGAAGGCUGAUGCAGAAAUUCAGAUGAGGUAAAUGUAUUAUAGUGACCAAGAUCUUUUCCCACAUUUAAUCCGUUUGAAUGUAUCAUGGGGGCCAAGAUCUUGGCCAAAUUCUCAUUGUUUUAGUUUAAGAUUUCACUU